AGCCACGAACGGGCUCAAUCGGUGGCGGGGAGCUCCUGUCGCGGCCGAAAUCGGCGCCUGCGGCGUGUGAGGCCCGCGAGCUCGACGAAGAGGCCUCACCAGUGGCAGGGCAGGGUGGACGGCUGAUUUGCGCAGAAGCACCAAGUGGCAGCAAAUCCAAGGCGCCUGGGCCCCUGGGCCGAGCUCGCGGCGCCGGCCAUGGCACGAGCUCGCCCGCCUCACUGGCAUGGGCAGGAAUGGGGCAGCGGGGCUCGAGGAAGCCUCGCAGCAGUGCGGUGCUUGCGGUGAGUUGGGCGCCGGAACAACCACCCUCUGAAAAAGACCCCGAAUACGUGUUAGGCAUUAUUGAAUCGUUGAAGACGAAGGUUAUAGAAGAUCGUUUUACCUGCAGCAAGAAAAAGAUAGAGGAGAACAGGAGUAAGCUCACUACCGUUACACGAAAUACUAGCAAUACUUCAGAGGUCUGGCAAAGAAAUACAUCAAAAGGCACCGACUUAGUCUCGAAUCUGCUGACAAGUAGGCAAGAUGAUGCACUCUGUUCCAUGCAUAGUCUUGGAGUAUCACCCGCUGAGGAAGAUAUUGUCAGUUAUGAAAAACAAACUCCGGAUGCCACAUCAACUGUGUUGGGUGGAAAUCCAGAUGCACUCAUUACGCCAAUUAAACUACCAGAAGUACUGAGACUUCCGUGUUAUACAACAUGGACGUUAUUGCACAGGAACCAGCAGACGGCGGAAGACCAAUCUGUUCGACAAAAGAUUUAUUAUGAUUCAAAUUGUGGUGAAGCUUUAGUUUACAACGAUGAAGAGGGAAAAAAUGAGUUCAAAGGUUUUGAAGAUUAUAUUAUUCGGAUGACCAUUGAAGGAUGCGGCGAGUCUAAUGCAGUGCUUGAAACCCUAGCUCAACAUAUUAAUAGGGCUGCUGAUGAUAUAAAGGCCAGAUAUGAGAUCCUACAUGGGGAGAAAACUGAGGGUUCUGUUAAAGAAAUGUCCAAACUUAAUGCCAACGUGGAAGAUGUCUACCGUGAUAAAGAUUUGGAUGCAGCAUUGGAUUCCUUUGACAAUCUCUUUUGUCGGCGAUGUCUGGUUUUUGAUUGCAGUCUGCAUGGGUGUUCUGAAGAUUUAUUAUUUCCUACAGAAAAGCAAUCACCUUGGAACAGCAUGGACGAUAAUGGUGUACCAUGUGGUAUUCAUUGUUAUAAACUGGCCUCCAAACUAGAUUCUACUACCACAAUUGAUCCUUACAUGACUAUUGAUACCGAGACAACUUGCUUAUCGGAUCAUACAAGGAAGCAGUUAGCCUCAAAUAAGAAAAAACAGGGUGAAAACUCUUCAACCCAAAGGGUUGCCUCAGAAAGCAACGACUCAGAAGUACAUCCAACAAGCAAUAAAUCUCCGCAGCAAAUCAGCCCAAAAGAUAGAAUCAAGAAAAGGACUAAGUCUGGUGGGUGCCCUUGGCCAAGGAAGCUUAGAUCCCGUACACUGAAUGGACACAAAGAUUCAGUUGCAUCCCCACAACAGAUUUAUCCAAGCACAAGAAGUACUCAGAAGAAGGAUGCACCUCAAAUGGAGAACACAGCUUUAGCGGAAGAUCAUAAUGAUUCAACGGAGGGAAAAAAUACUGAACAUUCAGCAACAUAUGGUCAUGAUAGUUUGCAGAAAGAAGAAUCUGCUGAUGGGAAUAUAUGCAGGCAAGAAGAUAAUGGUAGAUCCUGGAAGGUGAUUGAGAAAGAGCUUCUAGUCAAAGGUUUGGAGAUUUUCGGAAGGAACAGUUGUUUGAUUGCUCGAAACCUUCUUGGUGGAAUGAAAACAUGCAGCGAUAUUUUUCAGUAUAUGAAUUAUACUGAUAACAGCAGCGUAUCUGGAGUUCUUAACGGUCUUGAUUCUCUUGCUGACGGACAUAUAGAGGAACAUGAGUUGCGCGUCAGAUCACGGUUUUUUAGAAGGCGAGGAAAAGUCCGUCGUUUGAAGCACACCUCAAAAUCUGCAGGCUACCAUCUUAUAAGGAAAAGAAUUGCAGAAAGGAAUGGUCAGCUUUAUCAGCAAUAUAAUCCAUGUGGUUGUCAAUCGGCAUGUGGGAAAGAGUGUCCGUGUCUGAAAAAUGGGACACGCUGUGAAAAAUACUGUGGGUGUCCGAAAAUGUGCAAUAAUCGUUUUCGAGGUUGUCAUUGUGCAAAGGGCCAGUGUCGCAGUCGCCAGUGCCCAUGCUUUGCUUCUGACAGGGAAUGUGAUCCCGAUGUGUGCAGAAACUGCUGGGUAGGGUGCGGUGAUGGUACAUUGGGAUUUCCCAAGGAAAGAGGUGAUAAUUAUGAAUGCCGGAACAUGAAAGUGCUUCUUAAACAACAACAAAGGAUCUUACUUGGGAGAUCUGACGUUAGUGGCUGGGGAGCAUUCCUCAAGAAUGCUGUUGGCAAGGAUGAAUAUCUUGGGGAGUACACUGGGGAGCUUAUCUCCCACACAGAAGCAGACAUCCGUGGAACAAUAUAUGACCUUGAGAAUUCGUCGUUCCUUUUCAACUUAAAUAACGAGUUUGUUCUCGAUGCCCGCAGAAUGGGCAACAAGCUGAAGUUUGCCAACCAUUCCCAUGAUCCAAAUUGCUAUGCCAAGGUUAUGUUUGUGGCAGGCGAUCAUAGGGUAGGCAUAUUCGCCAAAGAACGGCUUGGCGUGGGCGAGGAGAUCUUCUAUGAUUACCACUACAAGCCUGAAGAAACACCAGUGUGGGCUCUGAAGCCUGAUGCUCCUGGAGCGAAAGAUCCUGGGCAACGUUCCUGCAGGCGAGGAAAGAAGCCUGGUGCUCCUGGAGUGAAAGACCCUGGGCAAGCUUCCAGCGCACGAGCAAAGAAGCCUGAUGCUCCUGGAGCGGAAGACCCAGGGCAACCUUCCUGUGCGCAAGCAAAGAUGCCUGCCCUCUGAAGAGAACAGCAUCGAUCAAUUUUAUUUUGCUCAGGGCUAAAAUUCAAGACAUUGGCGCCUGUAAUUGAAUGAACUGUGCAUUCGUUGGCCCCUGAUUGCUGUAUCAGAACCCCAGUGUUAUCAGAACUUGUUGGAACAUGAACAACUUUUGGAACCA